UCAGUCCAACGAGGUCUACCUGCAGGUGAAUCGAUUAUUUCGGGGAGAAGGCCAAGCCUUUUCUCGGUGAGCGACCUGGUAUAGUUUGCGAUGGAGAGUCGUUCGGACAGUAUUCGAGAGGCCUCCUCCAUAUCCUCGAUUCCCGUUCUUCGGGGCAACGCCACUAACCAGAGCCUUAAGAGAAAUUCCGGAGGGAGUGUCGAACUCUCGGGCUCGCAGACCGAUGAGAAGAACAGCCCAUCCCGGGUACCCAGAAAGUUCAUUGCGAAUUGGAGGCAGGCCUGUGAUCGUACCAAAGACAGAACAAAGGAGCUGUUAAAAAGGUGGCGAACGAUACCAGGCCAAGAAGAUGGUUUCGUCAUCAACGAGCCCCCCGCUAAGGAAAUCGAUCAUCCAGGAUGGAGUGUUCAUGUGUGGACGACCUGGGUGAGCAGGUUUCCGAGUGACGAGAGCUUGACAACGAAUGAGAUGCCGUCGAAAGAUAUUGGCGCGAUACAGAGGUUAGCACCGGUUCAACGUGACAAGCUUGCCCAUUUUUUUACAUAUCUUCUGGACCAUAGGAGGACCGGAAGCGUCUCGAAGAGGGACUUCGAACUUCUGUCCGAGCGGCUGAGGAGGUUUGCGGACUGGUCGAAAAAUAGCCCUGAAUAUCUACGACUGAUGGAGAUCGAGCAGGGACUGGUAGAGUCUAUAAUAAGCCGGGACCUCGCAGCGAGUGACGACGAUGAGAAGCAGGUGGACCUGGAGGACUGGUUGAAUUGGUGGGCUCAGAAAGUCGCCCCUCAAGAAGGGAGGAGUUUCAGCGACCUCCCUCUGUGGGUUAAGGCCUUGCCGCGCGUCUUCUUCCUAGCCAUAAACACCUCGGGAACCGGGAGAAUCACCAAGGAUGAAAUUGCUGCGUUCUACAGCUUCGUCGUCGGGUUCGAUUCCGGUCGGAUUAAGUCUUGCAUCGAUGUCGCCUACAGCUCGAUGACCUCGAAUGGGGACCAUCCGCUGGGCUGGCCGCAGUACCAGCUGGUUUUCGCCAACUUUCUAUUCGGCCGGGGGCCUUUCGGCCCCGGAGAGCAUCUCCUGGGCAUGACUGAGAGCUGCGUUCUACGUGGCGACUCGAUCUCCUUCCCAAUCGAUUACUCGGCCAUGAACACCCCCGUGGACAAAAUGGAAGUUUACAGUCCUUACUGUAAGACAAAUCGACGUAGCGUGAUCGUGUAGAAGGAAGUCCCUCGUCGAAUAUAGUCAAAAUUUUUCAUCGAUUUAAAAAAUACUCAAAAAGAGAUUAUCUGGGUAGAUUCUGAUAUGUAGAUUUCUUCCGAAGAUUAUCUUGUAUUUAUUGAUCGCAAGAAAAAUAAUGUUGAUCAUUGUUAAAAGUUGACGAUAUUUCAUUGUUACGCUAUUCGUUAUCUCAGUAUAGGUGUUACUUCCCGACGUGCGGAAUUCAUGAGUUAGUCAUCCAUACGUUAAAUUAUUCUGAAUCACUUUAAUUACAGUCAAAAUUUUCGACGACUAAUAGAAAGAACCUUGAUUUCAUAUCAUAUUAGACUUUCGUGCAAUUUUACUAUGCAUAACUCUUAUUUUACGACUAUGCGACAGGCGUGCCUACAUCAGCGUGUAACGAAUAAAGUGCCUUUCUAAAAAUUAAGUGUUUGCUUCACGAAUAUUGCCAGACGUU